AGAUUUGAGUUGAAUUGGCGUUUCAUUUAUGAUUUCAUUUCAAUUGUAUUUUGUUUUUCAAAAGUCAAACCUCUAUUCAAAUGUCGUUUUGUAUGUAAUGAUGAAAGUAAUAGUGUUUUGUAUGAACUCAAGACUCGACACCACAAGACAGUCACUCAAUUGAUCCGUCGAUCGUCAUCUAAUCACCGGAAAUAAUGGCCGAAAAGAUUGACAUGUCUUUGGACGACAUCAUCAAAAGGGAUCGCAUCCGAGGCGGAGGCAGAGGUCGCGGCAGAGGAGGCGCCCGAAGGGGUGGCACCGGAGGAGGCGGUGGUGGCAGUGGUCUGCAGCAGAAGUCGAGGACUCAGUUCAAGCGCUCAUUCAGCGGACGAUUCAACUCGAGUGGUGGACAGCAACGGGGGAACAGGAGGUUCAGCGGUGGCGGCAGUAGACAGUCGGUUGGCGGCGGGGGUACCGGCGCGUGGCUGCAGCGUAAAGGGUCGGCCCUCACGUGUCGCCUACACGUGUCAAACCUGGCCUACACUGUGACCGAUGAGGACUUGUUUGAGUUGUUCGCCAGCUUCGGACCGCUCAAGAAGUCGACCGUUCAUUACGAUCAAUACGGGCGCUCCUUAGGCACGGCUGAGCUCUUGUUUGAGUUGAAGUUUGAUGCCAUCAAAGCAAUGGAUCAGUACAAUGGCGUUCCCCUCGACGGCCGUCCGAUGAGAAUACGAGUAAUUGGCGCUAAAAUGAAUGAAGAGAAUGAGAGCUCCGGUGGGUUUAGUAGAGGUCGUGGGGGCGGAGGGCGCGGCGGUGGAGCGCCACCACCCGCACCUCCGCCUCCGCCGGCUGUUUCUGAAUUGCAUUGA